GCUCCGACCUUAAUGUCCUAGCGAUGAGCAGUGAGUUAAUACUUAUGAAAGAGAAGAACUUCGUGGCCUGGACAGGACAGACCUAUAGAAUGUGCUACUUAUUCAUCUACUCCAUAACCAUAAUGAAGUACAGUAAUCUCAUGCGGAUACCACUUUAUUUGUAGCUAAUAACAGUAAUUCAUUUUUUGAAGAUAUAAAUGCAUGCAUCUAUACUUUCAGAAGUUGCAGCUGCAGGCAUGCGUUCGACUACGACAUAGAUACUUUGAUAUUCUUUCCCUUGUUUACUUUCGCCAGAAGUAAGCCUCGCGAUGUGUUAGCAUUCAGUCAAUUAGGUGAAUCUCUCAACUUCCUAAGUCUUCCAACUGCCAUGGAAAAGUUAAAAGUGCAAAGACGUCUGCAAACCUUCUGAUUGCGGCAAAUAGUCCUCCCAUCAGGUAUCUCAUAAUCAGCAACCUGGUUUCAUCAUCACAUUGCACAGAAAGAGUCAAAGCGUGAAUCAGUCGUGAGAUUCUCAAGAUGGAACGUUAAAGAUUGUGACGAUAUUGAAAGCUCAGACACGAGCUUCAGAAUUCAAUAAGGCUCCCGGGGUCAAAUCCUGGGAUCGCAUUGUCUCGGUGAUGAUUCUCUCUCAAUACACAAAAAACCAAAUUUAUAAUCAAUCCCUGUUAUAGGCACCACCAGAGGCCCACACGUGUUCUGGUUAUACUGAUAGAGACCAAUAUGCCCCAUGCUCGUACCCGGACAUUGUUCAAUGGCUAUUCUUCGCCAGUCACACGUUGACGAUUUACCAUCUACCUGGAUAGAUUAUGUCGGUACAUCAUCGUAGACAAAGAUCUUUGAGAUCUGCAGGUUGAAAGUCUUGAGACUUUGCAAGGUUUGAUGACAUUCAAGCAGAUAUAUACGGGACCUGUAGCUGCUGUGACACACUGAUAAAAUUAGUCCUCGUCUGUGAUUAGCAGUGUACCAGUUCACGUUAUUUCCUGCUUGUUUAUUGGUGUUCAUUAUAUUCUUCAGGAACUUCAAGUCAAGCCUGCAUAUUCAUGGCCACUGAUUCCUCCUCUGAUUUCUUUCGUUCUUGGGGUAAUGCUGCACAAAUUGAAAGUAGAACAAAUGAAGAAAAUUCGUUACACAAAACUUGCACUAGCGCAACGACGCCUAAGAAUUUGCAUGGGAACAUGCUACGAAAACUGCAACUUGAUAUUAAUAAUUAUCCACACAGAAUGCUAACACAGGAGUUUCAAAAGCUUCCCUCUUGGACAAUGAAAAUAUCUUACACAAUCUGCCCCAUUUCGGAAAAAGGGCCAAAAGGACUGGAAACAACUCAAAACUAUGAGAAAAACUUGUCACUGAUCGUCGUACGUCCCAAACUCCGCCUAGUUGCAAACGCUUUGAGUAAACCGGAGUAACGAGGACUUUCUAAGCACUGCUGUUUACAUUAGGUGUUCAUUCCAAAUCAAUCGCUUGUGUUUUGACCGAUGCACUUGUUUGGAAGUUUUCUAUCGCGUGCGUGUUCCGAAAUACUGUUUCUCAGUCGAUAAUGCAUGCCGAAUUGAUAUAUCAAAAGCUAAGACUACAUAGCAUACUGUGAAUAGAUACCUGACCAUCGGAAAUAUCAUGUUGGUGAAUGUGAUAUCGCAUUUCUGGUCACAUAACUUCCUGCAUUAUAU